AUGGCGGCAAUCGAUUACACCAGAUGGGACCAUCCCGACAGCAGCAGCGACGAAGAAAGCUUUUCAAUGCCCACUCCGCCAACAUCCCCGAAGCAACCGAUACGGCCAAGCAUCUUCGUGCAGCCGAGUCAGCCUCUCCCGCUAGACGCAGAGCUUCGUGCCCAAGUCCUUCGGGAAGAGCAAGAACUCGCCGCUUUCGUGCAACGCCAUCCUUGUCCUUCAGAAAACACCAUGAAGGCCUGGCUUCGCGACGCGGCAGAUCACGAAGGCCCGGCCGAAGAAGAUUCCCGGACUUUCUCCCAACUCAUGAGGCACCUGGGCUGGACACCCAAGAAGCUGGGCUGGUUCCACUACCCUUCCUUCCGUACCUUGUGGGAAUCAGCAGGCCAGAGAUGCCAAACAGCUUUUCUGGACCAGCGCAGAGUGGGCAGGGAGCUCUACGAACGAGGAGUGCGCGAGUGCAUGCAAUUCCAUUACUAUGCCCUGCACUAUGCCAUGUGCGGCGACUCCGUCCUUCGCGGCAUCAACAAGCCCCUGCCUGUCUACGGAUUCGCAAGCCACCUGGAAAAGUAUGGGACGGCAUCGGAUCUUGGCUGGCUUGAGUUGGACGGUCUGGACAAGAAGACCGCUGCCUUGUUCGAGACAGCCCCGGCCCAUUGA